UGGUCAAAUGCGGCCUAUGUACACGGCCCGUAGACUACCAUCAGAAUCUUCCGCUGAAACAGCAUCGGCCGUUUAGUGGCCCAACGCACAAGCGAGGGUUCUUCCCUCGCCUUGCCUUGCUGCAGAUAAUUUCGGAUAACAUUUUACGGCCCCCCCUUCUUCCCCUAGCUCCGCCUCCCCAAAUCGCAGCCGAAACCUCGGGGAAGCUCGCCUCCCACAUCCAUGGCUUCAGCCGCGACGUUUCCGAAGCUCCAGCUUGGUCCGCGAUGCCUCGGCUUCUCCCAGCUUCAGGCGACCGACCCGGUUCAUAUCCACAUGAAGAUUGGUGAUGCCUGCAAGUGCCCCAUGCCUGCCCAAGGGUUGCUUGUUUCGACCGGGAGAAGUGCGAGGCACACAUUCCUGCCGGUGUCGGCGGCUCGAUCAGGUCGGGCCGCAUCGGUCGCCGAGGCCGAGAAGACCGGGCUCUCGCUGGAUAGCUUCAAGACAACCGUUGUCAAACGUGACGAAGAAAAGAUCCAUUUAAGAAUCGAGCUGCCCGGGAAGGAAACGCAGAAGGUGUUUGAUGCAGCCCUGACGAGCCUGGCCAAGGACGCGCCGCCGGUACCAGGUUUCAGAAGGUCCAAGGGAGGGAAAACAUCAAAUAUACCAAGCAGCAUUCUCCUGUCGAUGCUCGGCAAGAGCCGGGUCACCAAGUUCAUCCUUCAAGAAAUACUCAGCGUCACCGUCGGCGAUUUCGUCAAGAAGGAGAACCUCAAGGUGAACCCUGAGAUCGCGACGACGCAAUCGGAAGGCGACCUGGAGUCGUCGUUCGCGCCGGGCUCGUCGUUCGGGUUCAAUGUGAUCCUGGAGCUGGAGAAGGAGCCUGACACCGAUGACGCCAUUGAUGUGGAGCUGUCCGACUCCAUGGACGCUCCUGACGUGUUGCAGUCCGACUCUGAAGAGCCUUCUGAAGAGGAGCCUGCCUCCUCCUCCUGAUAGUUCAGAGAGAAAAUGCCUCUGUGUAUUUAUUCCCUGAUGAAUGUGCUCCAGAUUCAGAAAUAGCAUUAGCAGGCAAACAAUUGUUCAGAUGAGACAUUUGAGAUGAUCUGCAGGUUGCGGGUGACACAUCACUGAA